CCGUCCAUUUUUUUGGGCAAGGUGGGCCCCAUAUAACGCGGUGCGGCAGCCCGUAGCGCUCAUUCACUAGAUCGUUGUCGAUACCAUCGAAGCUCCCAAACUUCUCUACAAUAUUACCUGCAUCGUGCGCAACUAUCGUCGUCGUUACAUUCAUCCCUCAAAAUGCUUCAAGGAAUUCAAUACAAUCCAUCCGACUAUCACGUCGCUUACGCUAAAAGUGACGCUCCAAGAAUGGUGGCAAUUGCUCCAGCUCCUGAAAGGAAAUAUUUGACCUUGGACAUGCAGACUGAUAAGAAGAAAUAUAAUUACAAGAACACCGCGUACACUGGACCUCAAGCUGCCUCUAUCGCGAGAAGGAACGCCCGCGAAAGGAAUCGUGUGAAACAAGUGAAUGAUGGAUUCAAUGCGCUGAGGAAGCGGCUGCCCGCUACUGUGAUUGCUGCACUGUCUGGAGGUGCGCGUCGCGGAUCUGGGAAGAAGCUGAGCAAAGUGGACACACUCCGAAUGGUCGUGGAAUACAUCAGGUAUUUGCAAAACUUAAUUGAAGAAAGUGAUUCUGCCCACGGGAUUACGAGAACAUCGCAAGUUGAAACUAAGACAUCGUACGAAGUGGAUGAAGGCAUUUUUGAUGGAAACUCCCCGUACUCGGACUCAGUGCCCUCACCAGCUGACUCGGAGUGUUCGUCUGGAGUAUCGUCUGCAUAUUCUGGUGGUUAUGUGCCAAAUAACUACCCAGACCAACUUCAUCAAGAGCAAGUGAACCCCAUGGACGAAGAUGACUUGUUUGAUGCUAUCUCAUGGUGGCAACAGAAGUGAACAAGUAUCAAAGUGUAUCAUAAUUGUAAAAUCUAGUCCUUAGAGUAAUGAACUCUAUAUAAUUUAUUGUUUGUAUAAACAUUUAGAAAAAUUUUACAUUAUUGUGUAACUAGAAAUGUACAAUUGUUAUUGUAUAUA